UAUGUAAUAAACUCUUUGACGAUCGUUUUUUAUCAGCGCACAAAACCUCCACUCAGUAUCUAUUGAACCACGGAGAGAGAUACAAUGAGUGGGAAUUUCAAACCUACCGAACACCAACACAUCCGAUACAAUCCACUUAAAGACGAGUGGAUUCUUGUUUCUCCCCACCGCUGCCAGCGCCCUUGGAGUGGUCAGGUAGAGGAUGCAGUGGAGGAUCAGCCCUCAGACCCUAAAAACCCUCUGAAAGCGGGCGCCUUGAGGGCUAAUGGACAGCGUAACCCCAUCUACACAUCCACCUACGUGUUCCCUAAUGACUUCCCGGCCCUACUGGAGCGAGUCCCUGAACCUCCAGAACCAGAUCAUCCUCUCUUCAGAUCCAGCGCGGCCAAAGGAACCUGCAGAGUAAUGUGCUUCCAUCCAGACUCCUCGAUGACCAUCGCUCUGAUGUCCGUUGAAGAAAUAGUGGCAGUAAUUGAAGAAUGGAUAAACCAAAUGAAGGAACUGGGCCGUAGGUACACCUGGGUCCAGAUCUUUGAGAACAAGGGAGCUGUCAUGGGGUGCUCCAACCCACACCCGCAUUGCCAGAUAUGGGCCUCCAGUUACCUCCCAAACGAAGCUAGGAUGAAGGAACGAUGUCAAAAAGAUUAUUUCAAUAAAUAUGGUGCACCGUUACUAGUGGAUUACUUACAACAGGAAUUGCACAGGAAAGAACGCAUAGUCAUUCAGAAUACAGAAUGGGUGGCCGUGGUACCUUACUGGGCAGUGUGGCCAUUUGAAACGAUGCUGCUACCCGUAAAUGGGAAACCACAGAGGUUGACUGAUCUGAAUGAAGUUCAGAAGGAAGGUUUAGCCGAUAUCAUGAAGAAGUUAAACACGAAAUACGAUAACUUGUUCAAAUGCAGCUUCCCUUACAGCAUGGGGUGGCAUGGAGCACCAACGGGCCCCAACCACACACAAGGCGACUCCCCUCAUUGGCUGGUUCACGGGCUAUACUUACCCCCACUCCUGAGAUCGGCGACCGUCAAGAAAUUUAUGGUUGGCUACGAGAUGCUUGCGCAGUCCCAAAGAGACUUGACUCCUGAACAAGCGGCCGAAAGGUUGAGAAACUGUGACCAUUUAGUACAUUACAAGAAUAAAGUUAUGUGAUGAGUAA